AUGCACCUAGCUCGUGGGUGUCGAACGGGUGCCAAGACCGCCCUCUUCCUGCACGCGCCCCUCCCUUUUAUCCGCCCCCGCACCUCGCUUCCUUCUGCCACACGCCCCCGGAUGACCUCCACCACACCCGCGACGCCAGCUUCGACCGCGUCUUCAAUCGGCAUCGCGUCAUUAAAUUUUGUUUCUACAUUCACCGAACGUCUCCCGCGCGACCCGGAAGCCUCCAACGAGAUACGUCAAGUCUUCAACGCGGCCUUCUCCUACGUUGACCCGACAGACCCGGCAAAGGAUGGCAUGCAGGAUAUCUGGAGGCAAGCCCUAGAGGCGGGGCAGGUGCGCUCUGGCGAAAGGGGGGAGCCAGAGCUUGAAAAGGCGCUCAUCGCCUGGAGCCCUGCUUGCGCGAAGCUCUUCGGCUUGGAGGACGGGUAUCCUGAAGCGGAGGAGUGUUCAGAUGUCGUUGAAGUGCUGGGCGGUUUCGGAAAGCAGUGGCCGGGGAUGCGUUCCUAUGCCAUGUGUUACGGGGGACAUCAAUUCGGUUAUUGGGCGGGUCAACUCGGCGAUGGACGGGCAAUCUCCAUGGGUGAAUACGAGAAUGCUAGUGGGGAGCGGUGGGAGAUCCAGCUCAAGGGAGCUGGGAAGACGCCUUAUUCGCGCUCUGCAGACGGCCGAGCGGUGCUGCGAUCGUCAGUGAGGGAAUUUCUGUGCUCGGAGGCGAUGCACUUUCUAGGUGUUCCAACUACGCGAGCGCUCUCAUUAGUAGGCACGGGCGCCGGCGUCAUCAGGGAUAUGUUUUAUCAGGGAAGUCCGCAAAUGGAACCAGGCGCGGUUGUGGCUCGCGUCGCUCCCUCGUUCUUGAGGCUUGGUAACUUUCAGCUUGCGACGUAUCGGCAAGAUACAGAACUUUUGAAGGAGACCGCGGACUAUGCAAUUGAAUACCACUACCCAGAGUUCAAUGAUUUGACGGAGCGCAUCAGUAAGGAAAAGCCGAACAAGUAUUCCAUGUUUGUGGGCGAGGUCGCAAAGAGGAACGCGAAGAUGGUUGCUAUGUGGCAGGCUGUUGGGUUUGUGCAUGGCGUCAUGAACACCGACAACUUCUCUAUUUUAGGUUUGACCAUUGACUAUGGGCCGUACGGAUACUUGGAUCAAUACGAUCCGACGUAUACUCCAAAUACCACCGAUAUCCCGGGAAGGCGAUACAAGUUUGAAGCGCAGCCUUCAGUGGCGCAAUGGAACAUUAUGCAGUUUGCGAAGGCUAUGAUUCCGCUGUGCGGUGUUGAACAGAUGGAGAAAGUGAUGAAGGAGUUUGAGGGUAUUUACGAAGCUGAAUACCAUGGCAUCAUGGCGAAGAAACUGGGUUUAUCUAAGAUUGACGGUCCAGGCGAUGUUGCAUUGCUAGAAGAAUUUCACGAUCGCAUGGCUGACUCGAAGGCCGACUUUACCAACACCUGGCGAAAUUUGUCCAAAAUUUCCGUGCAAUCUUCUACGGAAGAGUGCAGGGAAUGGUGUUCUUCGCUGUCACUGAACACCGAUGAAUCUACUGGUGAGCUGUGGAUGGAUUGGUUAACGAAAUACAAAGCCAGACUGGAUGCCGACGGGAGCGUUACUUCAGAAGGGGAACGAGUAAGAACUAUGAACGGGGUGAACCCAGUGUACAUAUUGCGUAACUACAUGGCUCAAGCUGCUAUCGAGAAGGCUGAAAAAGGCGACUACGACGAAGUUCGCCAGCUUUACGAGCUCCUGAAGAAACCUUAUACGGAACAGGAAGGUAUGUCAGGAUACAUUGCGCGGCCUCCCGCGUGGGCGUCGCGGAAGGGUGUUUGUGUAAACAGUUGUAGUAGUUAG